AUGACAGGACCACCACAAGAAAAACGAAUUGAACCAGAUGAUAAUUCAAUCCCACAUGAGGGGACUGAUGCGUCUACCUUUAGUAAAUUUUUAGCUAUUUUUACAGCGAAUUGCGAUGAUUAUAGUAUUAUUACUAUCACGGAAAAACAACAAUGUCAAUUUAAAUCAAGUUGGAAUGAAAUAGUCAAGUAUUUACUACCAGAAAACUCUAGUGACAAUUCAAUCAAUUCUGAUGUUAAAGAAUACACUAUUCCAUCCUCCUUAGCAAAUAAAUUCACUAACGAUCUGGGUUUAGAUCUAAAGAUUUCGUUAUUGAAAAAAGACAAUGAGAAACAAAUUAGAGGAUGUGUGACAUCAAUUGAAAAUGAAAAUAGUUUCAAUGAUUGGUUUAUUUAUCACAUUUUAUCAAAAACUAAUAUUGAUAGAGACUGUAUUGAUAAUACCUCAGUAACUUCAGAUAGCUAUAACGAGCUUUUUACUACUUAUUUUGCUGAGAAUGUCAAAAAUGCUGUUCAAAAUGAACAAUGGGACUUUGGAGGUAAGGAAUAUUUUACUGAGAGAGUGAAAUAUUACACUGACAGAAAUAUUCCAAUUGAGGCAGUUUUACCUGCAUUCCCUUGCAAGUCAUCUAACUUUGAUAAAGUUAACGGAGUUGAGCCUGAUAAAGGUGAAGAAUUAGCUUUGAGAAGAAUCAUUCAAAUAAUUGAUGAUGUUAAGACAUUCUAUCCUCCAGGAAUGAAAGUUUGGAUAAUCAGUGAUGGGCACGUUUUUUCUGAUUGUAUUGGUGUAGAUGAUGACGUUGUUGAUACCUAUACUAUGAGAUUACACGAACUGUAUAAAAGUUUAUCUGUUGGUAAAGAAAAUUACAUUCAAUUUUAUGGGUUGAAUGAAAUUUUUUUUGGUGACGCUAAAACUAUCCAAUAUUUUAAUAAGGAAUGGACAAAGGAUGUUGAAAUAUGUCACUUGACUGGAAGUAAGAUCAACGCGAAGGCUGAUUUAUCUAGAGAAGUCUUAAUGAAAGGCUGCGAUACAGAUGACGGAAGGUUAAAAAAACACAUCAAUACCGAUGGCCAUGCUAGGUUGUACUUAUAUAGAGGAUUCUCCAAGUUUAUGAGUGAAGAUUUACAAUUACAACCAUUAUUUCAAGCAAUGUCUAAGAAAAAAUUUAAGAAAACAGUUUCCAAAGUUGCUUUUAAUAUGAUUAAAAGAAAUGAUGCUUAUUCAAACCUGGUAGAAUUAAUGUUUCCACAUCAUUUAAGAUUUUCUAUUCAUGCCCAUAACAAUGCUGGUCCAAAAUAUGGAAUUAAAGUUAUUUCUAGAGAACAAUGUGCUAUCGUCAAAGACUUAAAAAACCCAGAAGAACCAAUAUUUGAAGAUUUAUUGCAUAUUCCAACACCUUGGCACAAUUGUAUUGUCUCAUUUGAAGGGAAUAUUAAAGAUUUAGAUUCAGAUGAAGACAACACGGAGUUACAAUUAUUAAAAGAAACCUCAAAGUUAUCUGUGUCUUCGAGUUCAUCAGACAACUUAAAUUCUAACGAAUAUAAUUCUUCCGCAUCGACGUCAACAGUUUCAACUAUUUACUCUAAUAAAUCCGGAAGUCAAUUAAGUUCUGAUCUUAUAACUCCAUUGUCUUCACAAUCUUCUAAUCAAAGUACUUUUAAACAACAACCUUUGUACUACUUGACUCGUUCAAGAGAAGUGAAAGAUGCUAUCGAGAAAGGAUUAUACGAUGGAGAAUGGAGAGAAACAUCCUUCGAAGAUGGCAUCGGAGGUUAUUAUAUUUUAAGAAAACGAUAUUAA